GUACAUUCUGUGUCUGUCCUUACAUCUAGCAACCGUUAUGAAGCUGCUAAUAUUAUUAUCGAUAGUAGCAUGUAGCUACGGGGAUAAAUUAGAUAGAACGUAUCUUCCACCGGCAAAUGCAGGGUCUGCUGGUGGUAGCCCGGGAUCUUUAACAGCUCCAGGCUUGUCGAAUUUCGGGACCACAGGACCAGCCAAACAACCACUUGAACAACGACCUAUUGGACAGCCUUCCAGACCUAAUUAUUUCGGUCAAGCUAAUCAACAAACGCCAGGACAGCAAGAGUCAGGAUCUUUGAAUUUUGAAUCAAACCGGCCAUUUGGAUUUACUUCUGGAUCUGGUGCGAGGAAACCCAGUCCAGUUUAUGGACCAGCUGACAGCAGACCAAACCUAGGAAAUAAUGGCUUCGUUUCUGGUUUUGGACCAAGUAAUUCACAAGGUGAUAAUCAGGCACAAUCUUUAGGGAUUUCCAAUAGCCCCAAUGAAUUGGGUCAGCAAUCUUUUGGACCCAAUGCUGCAUCUCCCGUUGGAUACAGCCAGAUAAACGGUCAAAACUUUGUAGGAAGUUCUUCACAACCUGAAUCAGAACGCCCUCAGGCGGCUGCUGAUAGAAACGCUGAAAUCCUCAAUUAUGUCAACGAAAACGACGGGGACAGAUUUAAUUACAGGUUUGAAACAUCUAACGGAAUAACUGCUGAGGAAGCAGGCGUAGCUUCUGGUGGUGUUAAAGCCCAAGGAGGGUAUUCCUAUACUGGUGAUGAUGGAAAAGCUUACACUAUUACGUAUACUGCUGAUGAACAAGGAUAUCAACCACAAGGAGAACAUUUACCCACACCUCCCCCAAUUCCUGAGGAAAUAUUGAGGUCAAUAGAAAAAAAUGCUCAAGCUGCCGCAGCUGGCACACAAGAAGGUGCUUACCGUCCAGAAGAUUAUGAAAACGAAGAUAAUUCCCAAGGUUAUUCAGGCGCCACUUCUAUUAACAAACCUCAGGGACAAGAUCAGUUCUCAUCUCAACAAUACAUCGCUCCAAUUGAUAAGCCAGCAAGUUCUCAAAUCGGAUUUCAACAAACGAAACCUGAAUUCCAAAAUGUACCGACAAGUGAGAAUAAUUACAACGAUAGACUCACAAAUGGAGUAUCGAGUUUCGAACCGAUCAGGUCUUCCAAUGUAGGAUCAAUUAACCAAGCUCAGUCACAGAGAAAACCUGGCUACGAGUACUCUCGCCCUCAGAAUACACAGGACACUAAACAAGAUUUUGUUAGUCAGUUCAGCCAAUCUCGUCCCCAGUUUGGAUCCCAAAUCCCUUCAAACUCUCCAUUUUCAAAAUCUGGAAAUGGACAGGCAUUAAACCCUUUCAACGGUGCCUCCAGACCUGAGUCUCAAAUAACACCAAGUGGGCAAGACUAUUUUAAACCAAGCCAAGUGUCACAAUAUCAACAAUCUGGGUUUAAACCCACAUCAAACCAACCAGGUCAAGGACCUCAGUCCAAAUUACCUUCAGCUCAAAAUUACAACCAAGAGUCUUCAGGUUAUCAGUAUCAACCAGUAAAUUCAGGUUUUGGCGUAACAGCGCGCCCUAGUUUCCCUAAUCAGCCCAGUUUUCAAAACUUAGACCAGGGUGUUACAACUCAGGGCGGAAAUCAAUAUCAAACCAACCCAUCAAACAAAUUUUCGAAGAGACCUUCUUCAAACCAACCAGGUCAGGAACCACAGUCCAAAUUAUCUCCAGCUCAAAAUUACAACCAAGAGUCUUCAGGUUAUCAGUAUCAACCAGUAAAUUCAGGUUUUGGCGUAACAGCGCGCCCUAGUUUCGCUAAUCAGCCUAGUCAGCCAACCAUAAACCAGGGUGUUACACCUCAGGGUGGAAAUCAAUAUCAAACCAACCCUUCAAACAAAUUUUCGAACAGACCUUCUUUAAACCAACAGUAUCAACAAAACACGCAAGGUUUAACCCCUUCCCCAAACGGUUUCAAUAGACCUAAUGGUGCUCUUCAAAAUCAAGUAUCCUCAACCAACUUGCCUUUAGGAUUCGUUAACUCUAUUGCAAAACAAACCGCCCCAAUUCAAGCUCCAUAUCAAUACCAACGGCCAUCUCAACCCUUCAACCAAAAUCAGGUGUCGCAAAAUGGUUUCAGACAACCAACAAGUCAAGGUCAGAUACCAUCUGGCGCCAAUGAACCAGCAUUUGGUUCGCCACAAACUAGUUAUAACCAGCCAAUUCAAAGCCAGGGCCCAUUGCAAUCUACUUUUAAUCAGAACUCAGAUCAAAGGCAGACUAACCCUUCACAAAUUCAAGGAUCAUCGAUGCCUAGUUUCAACAGGCCAACCCAAGGUCAAGGCUCUAAACCGGUAUUUCCAUCUGGGAACCAACCGGAGCAGUUCAGUGGACCUCGUCAACCUCCAAGCUAUAACCCAGAUGAAGGCUACAAAUACUAGAAUAGUUUAAGUAACAACGAAAGAGGCAUUAAAAUGUAAAAAAACAAUAGUUUAUCGGGCAUUUGUAAAUAGAACAAUUUAUUAUGUUUAAGAUCACCAUGUGAUCGUGGCAAUAAAUGAUUUUAAA